UGACGUCAUCAUUGAUCGCAGUGUAUCGUCUGCUUGACGGAUAGGUGGGGGUACUUUUAAAGCGUUUGUUUGCUGUUUUGACCGUUUUCUCCAUACCGUGUGAAAACAGUGCAGGCGUUAGGCGGGAAAGUUCCCGCAAGGCUUGUGCUCGGAAGCGCCGCGGUUACGCGCCGAGCUCGAGCCAACUUAGUUGGAGGGAGUUUCGCUGGAACCGCGCUCGUGAAGCAGGGGCUCGAUCGCGUCGCCCCGCGGACCUGACGCUUUCCAGUAAAUGGCCUGCACUUUGGAGAAAGUGUUGGGCGACGCUCGGACCCUCCUCGAGAGGCUGAAGGAGCACGACACGGCCGCCGAGGGUCUGAUCGAGCAGUCCGGGGCCCUCAGCCGCAGAGUGCAGGACAUGAAGGAGGUGGGAAAUGCCCUUCCGGAGAAGCACUUGGAAGACAAUGCAGAACUACGGGAGCUCACAAAGUACAAACCUCAUGUUCUUCUGACCCAAGAAAACACUCAAAUCAAGGAUCUGCAGCAGGAGAACAAAGAAUUAUGGCUGUCUCUUGAAGAACACCAGUACGCUCUGGAACUCAUCAUGGGUCGGUACCGCAAGCAGAUGCUGCAGCUGAUGAUGGCAAAGAAGGAGCUGGACACCAAACCGGUUCUGAGCCUCCACCAGGAUUACGCCAAAGAAGUGCAGAACAAGGUGGAGCAGAUAUGCGAGAUGGGUCAGGUGAUGAGAAGAGCCGUUCAGGUGGACGAUCAGCACUACUGCUCCGUUCGAGAGAGGCUGGCUCAGCUGGAGAUUGAGAACAAGGAGCUUCAGGACCUUUUGGUCAUCAGCAAAGAAAGCAUCAAAAUGUCAAAAAAAGAAGAACCCCACCAGCCUGAAGCAGCAGAACCGACUUCAUGAGCUCCAUCGAGCUCUGCGUGUGAAUUUAUUCCCUCAAAUGGAUUUAUUUAUAGAAAGUCAUACGGCAUCUUUAAUACAAAAAAAAGAUCUAUCAUCUUGUCUGCAGCUAAGAUAAUAAUUAAAGUGUUACUGUGGACGGCAUUCAAUUAGCUGUUCUUUGAGGUGUAUUUAUUAGAUUCUAACACGUGCUGUCAAAGUAGAUUUAAAGUAUUUUUUUGCCAAAGAUAUAUAUUUAAUCGUCAUAGUUUUUUUGGACCCCUGAUGUUCACACAAUCUCUACUGCCUCCUAUUAAAGCCAAGCACCGCUCUGUUUCACAACAGAGAGGACCUUUGGGGAAAACAAGCAGUUUAUUCUGAUUAUAUUUACCUGUUUGUUUGAAUGAACAGAAGUUUGGUUUGUGCUGUUGCAUUUUGUGCAGUAGGUGUUUUUUAAUUUUUUUGUAUGAAUGAAAAACGUUCUGUUUUCAUCUCAGGAAUUCAGUUUAACUUCAUGGUUUGGUGUAAAACAAAAUCAAACGAUAAUAAUAAAAGAAGUGUUUUUCCAAGGCAUUUGAGGUGUUGUCCCUUCUUCGAACGCAGGGCGGCAGCAUCGAGUCAACUUACUAAAAACCUAUCGCGAGAUCGGAAAAAGUACAGCGCAAACGCUUUUAGGCUAUUAAAAACCUAUCAAAUCACCUUUUCACGCAACUUUCAUAAUUUCCAUUAGUUUGGUUGUAACAAUAUUUGUCACAUUUAAGUGACAUUUUAAAAAGACAAUCGUCAGAAAGCUCGGAUUUCCCACAGAACCUAAACGCCGCAUGAGCCCUAUAUUUGACAGUUGUCGUUUUAAGCUAACGGAUCCAGAAUGUCUGAAAGGGAACUGGGGAGGAAGCUGGACCGAUGCCUGGCAGAUGGUGUCAUUAAACUGGGAACUGGACUGGGCUUAGGAAUCGUCUUUUCUGUUCUGUUCUUCAAAAGGCACGCCUGGCCCAUUUCGUUUGGCUCCGGAGCGGGUCUCGGCAUGGCGUACGCCAACUGCCAGAACGACCUGAGGUGGCAUUAUUUGCUGCACAGAAACCCGAAGGUGGCUUUGGCUGAUGAGACGACACAGAGGUGAACCUCGUUCACGACCCCAAACGAGAUCCAUGACUAGAAGAACUCAAGGACAUAUUUAAUGAAGGUUUUGCAGCUUUUUUCUGUUUGGCCCGUCUGCUUUUGGACUCCUCAGCAGCUCGGUUCCACCUCUGUUGAUGACGAUGUGCCUGUUUAUCACCGUCUGUAUGUCUGUUUAAUAAAAGAAUCCAGGAAGAGUG